CGGUGCUGGCGUGAUAUCGAUUUUUGAGCUUACCAGCGUGCGGUUUUAUAUGGGAGGCUUGAAUAACCAAUAGAUUUAUAGUGUUUCCCAGAAGUGUUUUUAUUGCUCCAGUCUAGCGCAACGAUGAACAAGGUCGUGCCUGUCGCAGCGAUGCUGCUCUGCUCUAUUGUUACGUUUUGUCUGUCAGCAAAGAUAGGGAUCUUGGCCACUACUGCCUCCAACAGCGAGACUUCAUGUGCGGCACUACCAAAACACUACCUCGAGCUCGGGUGUAAACCCAUCAAAGAUGAAGGACAUUCCUGUCCAAAUAGUGUGCUUAGCUGCGUGGCAGGCGUGACACGUUGUAGGGCGAAAAUUAACAAACUGAGCGAGUGCUACUUAGAAGGUAAGAAAUACCUGGAAGGACAGAAAAUGUACCCCAAAGAGGACAGCUGUUACAUCUGCCAUUGCCAGAAAGGUUUCGACAAUAGUACCUUCACAAAUAAUCCAAAGUGCUACGUAAAAUACUGCGGCAUUGAGUUGCACAGCUCGGACAAGCUGGCCGAUGGUUGUAUACCGGUAUAUUUCGGAACGGAUCGCUGUUGCCCAAUCUCGUGGAGAUGUCCCGAUGAUGAAGAUAUUGUAAUAGUGGAAGGACGAAAGAAUACACCGGAAACAGGUAAUCCACUGAUGCAGUGCACUUUUGGCAGUCUAACAAUGAAUAUAGGAGAUUCUAUUUCAUCUGACGAUAAAUGUGUCGCCUGCAAAUGCACUGUCCCUCCGAUGCCUCAUUGUAUACAGACUAGAGAUUGUUGAAAGAUAUGUUUAUUGAUAUUGGAAAAAUGUGUUAGAAAUAUAAGAUAACUUAUAAAUGAAAACACCUGUUUGGAUAAAGUGUUACGCAAUUAUUUGCUUGUUUUUUUGAAGGAUUAAACAUGUACUAUUGAAGGCGGGAAUGUCAACACUGCAGUUGAAAAUUUUUGACGAACUAAAACUCUGUCUUGGAAAUGAAUUAAUUCACUGCUAUUAGUUAAAUUACACUAUAAUACGUGAGUACAUGAAAGUAAUUUAAUUAGUAAUUUCAAGUUGUAGUUUCAAUAGUAGUGCAAUUAGGAAGUAGCCACGAAAAACAAUUGGUUUUUCGCGUGACCAAUAAGGUAAAAAGUAUGUUUUCACUUUCUAUGACGAACGA